CCUCGUCACUCUCGGGCGUGCCAAACACAAACGGUGCACGAGGGAACUGGAAUAACGAGUGAAUUCUGCAAAGGCACACACAAGCACGCGCUUGCACCUGCUACCGGAAUAUUGACAUCUUCGAGAAUCUAAGAGCGCACUGAACACCAUGGACUCCGACACGAGCCGAGUGUCCAGUAGACCUUCUUCUCCUGAAGGCGACGAUCUCUUCCUGUCCGCUGUCAAGAAGUCCGUGGGUUUCUCCGGCGCCGUCUCCUCCACGCAGAGCGAUUCUCCUCCGGAGUUAAGAGGCACAGACCUGCGGGGCCUCUCCAGCGCCGACGAGGACGCGCUAUCUCUGAAGAUGCUCUCCAAAAAAGACCGUAAACUUCUAUCCGAGUCCGAACUGCAGAACAUGCGCCUCAAGAUCAACAGCCGCGAAAGAAAACGCAUGCACGAUCUCAACAUCGCCAUGGACGGGCUCCGAGAGGUCAUGCCCUAUGCCCAUGGGCCAUCCGUGCGCAAGCUCUCCAAAAUAGCCACCCUGCUGCUCGCGCGCAACUACAUCCUUAUGCUGAGCAACUCGCUGGAGGAGAUGAAACGGCUCGUGAGCGAGAUCUACGGAGGAGGGAGCGGGGCUCAUCACACCGGCUUCCAUCCGUCCAGUUGUGGCACUCUUACGCACGCGGCGGGCGCUCCAUUACCGGGUCACCCCGCUGCUGUCUCGCACUCGUCUCACCCGGUGCACCAUCCUCUGCUUCCACCAGCAGUCUCCACUGCCGCAUGUCUCUCCGGCCCUGGCCUCUCAGCUGUCAGGCCGCAUCACGGACUCCUCAAGGCACCAUCAGCCAGCGCUGGCGCACUCGGCGCUGGUUUCCAGCACUGGGGUGCGGGGAUCCCGUGUCCGUGCAGCAUGUGCCAGGUUCCUCCGCCUCACGUGUCGGGUAUGAGCACCGUCAGCAUGCCACGACUGACCAGUGACUCAAAAUGA